AUGACUGAAAAUGAUGGUGCAACUGGAGUCACCGGAGUUGCGGAAACCACUACUCAAAUAACUGGCCAAAAGCGUAAUAGAACUUCAACUGUAAGAACCGGAAGUUCUGAUGUUUGGACACAUAUGAAAAGGUUUUACGAUGAUGUUGAUGGAGUCAAAAAGUUCAAUGGUAGUUGUGUUUGUGAGUAUUGUGGGAAAAAGUUUAAUUGUCCCUCGGAGAACGGUACCAGCACUUUUUGGGCACAUCUUAGAAAAAGAUGCUCCAAGUAUCCAUACAGCGAAAAGGAUAAAAAUCAAAAAAUGAUAUCCUUAUCGGGAAGUAAACUUACAAAUUGGAAAUUUGAUCAAGUAAAGUUAUUGCACAAGCCGUGCAAACAUGUUUACAAAGCUGGGGUAUCAAAAAGGUGGUUGUGUACAAUAACACUUGAUAAUGCAAAGUGUAAUGGUACGGCAAUAAAUAGUUUGAUGAAGAGGCUCAAAGGUAAGGAUGUACUGUUACUAGAGGGCGAAUUUUUUCAUGUAAGGUGCUUCGCUCAUGUAAUCAAUCUUGUCGUGGAGGAUGGGGUUAAGGACGUAAAACCAUUAUUAAAACGUCUUCGCUGGCAUGUGAAAUAUGUUAGAAGUUCUCCUUCUCGUUUACAAAUAUUCAAAGAAUGUGCUGCGAAUGAGGGGAUAACAACUAACAAGUACCUAUGCUCCGACGUGAAAAUGAGAUGGAAUUCUACUUUUCUCAUGAUUAGCUCAGCACUGCAGUUUCCCAAAGCUUUUGAACGAAUGGCGGAACAAGAUGUCAGCUAUAGACAUGAGUUUGAGGCUAAUGGUAUGGGUCAGUUGGAAGAAGAUGACUGGAAGGUACUUAAUUCUUUGAACACAUUCUUAGAGAAAUUUUACCUUAUAACAAUGCGAAUAUCUGGUUCUCAUUAUACUACAUCCAACUUUUAUUUUGAUGAGUUAAGCGUAGUUAAGGAAAGUAUCUUGGAACAUUUAGGAGGUGCAGAUCCAUUUCUUAGUAGCAUGGCUAAAAAAAUGAAUGAAAAAUUCGAAAAAUACUGUAGCGUUGGUAGUGUUAAUCCGAUUCUAAUAGUUGCAAUGGCACUUGAUCCUCGAUACAAAUUCCAUUAUGCUGAAUUUUGGUACACCAGAUAUUUUAAGAAAAUUGAUGCCAGUCUUAGCGAAGGUCAAAUAAAGGAAAAGGUAACAGAUUUUGUGGGUGAAUCGAAACUUUUGAUGUUGCGUCUUUAUCUCCAAUACAAGCAAGAAAGUGAUGAUUUCAAAGAUAACGAUGCAUCACAACAAUUUGUUGAAACUGAUGAUAUUACUUCAAGUGGAACGGCAACUAAGAGUGGGUUCUCUGCCUUCUUGAGUCAAAGGGAAAGUGUCCAGGCCAUGAAUGAUUACGACCGUUAUUUAAAUGAUGGUGCAGAGCCAAUGACUAGAGAUUUGGAUGUCUUAUGCUGGUGGAAAGGAAAAGUACAAACAUAUCAUGCAUUUGCAAUUAUGGCACGUGAUAUACUAACCGUUCCAAUUACUUCGGUACCUUCUGAGUGUGCUUUUAGUACAGCUAAGAGAGUUCUUGAUGCCUUCCGUAGCUCUAUGAAACCAAAAACUGUGGAGUGCUUGAUUUGUGCCCAAGAUUGGUUGAAAAACUCAAUGGAACCCAUCGGAAUGGAAGGAAAAGCUGAGACAUUGGAUGACAAUGAAAAAGUUCCUUUCUAG